GGUGACCACGCUGCGAGUGCGACGGAUUCGCGGCGGGCUGGCGGACGAAUACGGGAUACUGCUGAAGAACCUGCUGGAGUUCCGCACCAGGGGAUCGCGACGACGGACAUCACGGACAGCGUGUAUAUGCUACGGUGGUGCCGCGCUGACGGGAUGUUCGCAAGGACCUGUGCCGCCACGGUUCUUCGGGGUGACCCGCUGCUGGUGACGUCGCAGAUCGACCUGGGGAUGCCCGUCCGUUAUGACAACCCACGAGAUGUGGGGGCGGAUCGGAUCGUGGACGCGCGGUGCGGCGGUGGAGCUUUACGCGGCGGCCAUGAUCGUGGUGGACUUUGGCACGGCGACGGUGUUCGACGCGGUGUCCGGACCGGAGUACCUGGGCGGGGCCAUCGCGCCGGGGAUCAACCUGUCGGCGGACGCGCUGUACUACAACACGUCGCAGUUGCGGCGGGUGGAGCUGGUGGCGCGGCGGAGGCCGGGGCGGAACACGACGACGUCGUUGCAGUCGGGGAUCGUGCUGGGGACGCGGGGCUGGUGGAGGCAAUGGUCGGGCGGUUCAAGGCGGAGAUCGGCGAGGACGCCAGGGUAGUGGGCACCGGCGGGCUGGUGACGGUGAUCUCGGAUCAUGUGCCCCGUGUUCGACGACAUCAACCAGGAACUGACGCUGGUCGGGCUGGACAUCAUCUACCGGAAGAACGCGGCGGCUCCCCAGCUCCGGCGCAUCGGCCGGCAUGA